AUGUUUCCCAGGAAAUGGAGAUGGAUUCUGGCACUUAUUGCUGUCAUGUCUUUGCUUGGGACAAUGACCCUAAUCUCGAAUGAUUCCGGGCCCUCGAGGGCAGCUUUAUUUCCGAUCAAUUAUCAUGAGCAAACACGUCGAUCGACAACAAAGCAGUCAAAGCUAUCAGCUGAGCAAACGCGCAGCUCGCAUGCAUGCCCAACAGUCCCGCCCAAUCCGGCCCUCACUCCGAAUACACAAAAUUGCUUCAACUGGAGGGCCAUACCCAGUCACCACCCAAUCGAUCAUUAUGCACAAUUACCUGUGGGCAAGCCAACGGCUCGACCUCCCAUUCAGCGCAAACCCAGCCAAGGAACGAUAGACAAACAUGUGAUUGACAUCCGUCGAGAAGCUAUGAAAGACUCCUUCAAAAGAUGCUGGAAAUCGUACAGAGAACGAGCUUGGACAAAAGACCAGCUUGCUCCCACCUCGGGUCGAUCGAAGGAUACUCAAUUCGGAGGUUGGGGAGCCACCCUUGUCGAUAGCUUGGACACACUUUGGAUCAUGGACCUGAAGGCCCAAUUCGCUGAAGCUGUUGAUGCAGCCCUGGAGAUCGAGUUCAAGCCAAGUGAUAACUGCGAUAGCGAGAUCAACAUGUUCCAGAUCAUAAUACAUUACCUUGGAGGCUUCAUAGGCGCAUAUGAUGUCUCCGGUUGUCACGACGCUCGACUCCUGAACAAAGCCGUGGAAGUCGCAGAUAUGGCCUAUACCUCGUUCGAUACACCUAACCGGAUGCCAGUCUCUAGAUGGACUCUCUCAGUGCUGAUAGCUGAGGCUGCCUCUGCUAGUGUUGAGUUCACUUGUCUCUCCCAGAUCACUGGAGAUAUGCGUUAUUUCGACGCCAUCUCACGGGUCACAGACGUACUUGAUCGACAACAAGGAUCCACGAAGCUUCCUGGAAUGUGGCCAAUAAGUGUGGAUAUGAGGACGCCGAACUUGAUGUUCGAUAAGUUCUUUGGGCUGGGUGCGAUGGCCGACUCCGCGUUUGAAUAUCUACCGAAGAUGCAUCAGUUGCUUAACAGCGCUGGCCCAGCCGCCCAGUAUCGCAAAAUGUACAAAUACGCGAUGGAUACCGCUAUAGCCCAUACGUUGUUCAGACCCAUGGUGCAUGAUCAGGCCGAUAUAUUGAUCGCAAGCGCCAAGCACGACGGGCCCGACGGACGGAGAGAUGAUACAGGGCAGCAUCUGGUGUGCUAUGCUGGCAGAAUGCUAGCACUUGGCAGACGACUCUUUGACAAUGCAACCCAUAUCGAGAUAGGCCGAAAAAUCUCAGACGGCUGUGCAUGGACGUACAAGAAUGCGCCCAGCGGAAUCAUGCCGGAGGUCUUCUCGAUGACCCCAUGCCCCUCGAGGUUGGCGUGCGACUUCAUACCCGGCUCGUCUCCAUUCAGCGCUGUGCAUGACAGCCGAUACAUCCUCCGACCUGAGGCGGUCGAAUCAAUCUUCUACAUGUUUCGACUGACGGGCGAGGCCAAGUAUCAGGAUAUUGCGUGGGACAUGUUCCAGGCUAUCGAGACUUAUACACGGACAGAGUUUGGUAAUGCUGCACUUCGGAAUGUUACGGAUGCGCCGCCAGAGCAGGAUGACAGUAUGGAGAGCUUUUGGCUGGCUGAGACGCUGAAGUACUUCUACCUCAUCUUCAGUGACCAUGACGUCAUUAGUUUGGAUGACUUCGUGUUCAAUACAGAAGCGCAUCUAUUCCGGAUCCCCUAG